AUGACAAUCUUUGGCACGUCAAUCCCCGAUGGAUUGUACAUCCGACAGGAGUAUUGGAACCUCCAUGAUAUCAUCAAGCAACGAUUGAGGUCAGAUCGAUCGCUCCGUAGAAUUCUUGUGGUUGGAAGUCCUGGGAUUGGGAAGUCGGUGUUUGGGGUGUUCUUGCUGCUGCUGUUCAUGACGGAGCAAAAAGAUGUCGCCUACCGCCGGCUUGGUGAUAAAGUGAUCUACUUUACUUGGAACGCGGAUGGUUACAAGUGCUCAUGUACGCCGUAUGCUGGGAGAACCUACGAUGGAUUAUUUGAUGGAAAUGAAGCCGGUGAAGCAUUGUGGCUAAGUGACUUCGACCGUGCGUUUCUAUUCGCCAAACCGUGCACCAAGAAUUACAACGAGUUUGUCAAGGCGGUUUGCUUCAAGAUGUAUAUGAAUCCAUGGACAAAAGACGACUGCCAGAGGUUCGCCGAUGCAAUGAAGUUGGAGGACCAAGACGAGUGGUUACGGAGGUUCAAUCUUGUUGGGGGCAAACCAAGAUUCUUGUUUUCAUCAUCCGAAACGUUUGAUGACUUGGUACAACGAGUGAAGGAAGAUAUUCCCCACAAUCUCGAUGAGUUGAAGGACCAAGUUCGGCUUUUCCAGCAGAAAGUGUUCGAAGAUCGGAUGAAGCACAUUGUAUUUCAUUUGUAUCGCAAUGAGAACGCGCCCAGUCGUGCUUACUUGGCGUAUUCAUCUUUAACAGUCGAGGCGAUCAUGAAUGCGCGUUAUAAAGUUGGUUCCGCCGAUGAAAUUCGCGCAUUGUUGCAGACUCCAGCCCCGAAUUUGCAGUCGUGGCGAGGCAAAGAAAUUGAGAAAUUUCUUCUGCAAGAACUUGCCACCAGCAAGUUUUGUAUGAGAGCACUCGAAGGAAGCGGUGUCGGAACCGUCACGCGACAUGGUCCAUUGAAUGCAGCGUCGGAGAUCAUUCAAGCGUCAUCUGAAAUCCAGAAUGAGUUGGUGCUGUACAUCCCGCUAUCGAAGACUUUUCCAGCAAUUGAUGGUGUGCUUGUCGUCCCACAAGAUGGUCGUAUUAUCUACGCCCAGUCGACAGUGGCCACAGCUCAUCCCAUCAAAUAUCAACAGCUAAAAAAUGUCUAUCAGGAUUUGACGCAGCGCCAAGAGUUUCAAGGCUAUACGCACAUCCUUCUCUUCAUCGUCUCGAACGAAAUCUACGACGGUUUUACUGUUCAAUCCUACAAGAAUGCGGACGGGAAGAAUCGCACAGCGAGAGUUGAUAUCGACGUGACGCAGUAUGUUGGAAAGAUCAGUCGGCAAUAG